UGUUCUUUUAUUCUGCCCUCGGUUGUAUGUCUGAAAUACACCAAAGGCGAACAAUCAUGAUCAAAUGCAUGCUACCCAGCUUAGCUUGGAGUUUCCCAGUAUUGAGCCUGGGGCUUGAGCCGGGUCACCCAUGCCUUGGGGCUGCAAGUAUACACAUUGAGAAUUUACUAUGUUACUGUCCCGAUGAAAUCAUAUCCUACUGGCUCCGAAAUGGGUUCUCAUUCCUAGGUGCAAACAGAACAAGCGAGUUGGGCUCGGCGUUGAGAAGAUUGAUUGCCUGACAAAUAUAUUUGCGUAAGUCGUCCAUCCAGUUGCAGUAACUGCCGCGGAAAAGAGGGAAAACUUGAAGGGAAAUGACAGUCCUAAGGUGGUAGCCGAAACCUAUAUAAUCACCAACUCCUAAAUCAACAUCA